AUGAGUACGAAAGAGGUUGGGAUGCUAGACGUGGGGACACAUUGUGCGUUUUGUAGACAGUUGGAUUUCUUGCCGUUCAACUGCUCUCAGUGUGGGAAGCAGUUUUGCUCAUCCCACAGGACCAAAGAAGCACAUCACUGCGUAUCGGCCAUCGCACCAUCGACCAAAAACGGCCCCAGUGUGAACUUAAUACCGUCCAAGCCUUCUGGCGAUGGAGAAAGCUAUUUCACCUCUCUUUUGCCCGAGAAGGGCCAUAUCAGGGUCAACCAGAAUCCUGCUCCAGCAAAUGCACAACCGUCGGUCCGCGAACAACUACAACAAGCAGGCAAAGCAAGGGCACUUGCCAAACUAAAGCAAUUCUUUACGCGUCAAAGUUCCAGUGCUGCAGCUACGGGCCAAAAAGGCUCUACUAACAAGAAAUCCCCCGCAAACAAGCUACUUUUGAUCGCGCAACUGAAGAAAACUGCCCAAGGUGACAACAAAAUUCCACUUGAAAACCGGGUUUACGUAUACUGUUUCGUUGUCGAGGCCAAAGACGAGCUCCGUCGCAGACAACUCUUCAUCAACAAGAUCUGGCCCGUUGGACGCGCUCUUGACUACGUGGCGGCCCAACUAGACGUGCUAAAUCACAAUACAGAUGUUAAUUCCGCUUCGGAAGACAAAUUGUACCUUUACCGGGAAACUUCCAGGGGCCCUAGUCUCCUAGACCCUGGAGCCCGGGUAGCCACUAGCAUUAAAAACGGAGACACAAUUUACUUAAUUAGGGGAAGUAAAGUUCCGUCCUAA